AUGGCGACGAAAAUCAACGACGGGCUCUUCAUCGGAGACGCGGAAGCAUCACAGGAUCCUGAAUUCAUCGAGUUGAAUAAGAUUACGUUCGUUAUCAACUGUGCGGGCCGCCAGCUGCCUAACUUGUGGGAGCAGCACGGCCUCCACUACCUCACGUUCCCAUGGACAUCAGAUCCGGACUGUACUCUCUUCGAUGGAGGAAACGUUGUCAUCGAGCAGAUUACAAACUUCAUUGACGAGGCUGUGGAAAAGGGGGACAGCGUCCUUGUGCACUCGCUUGAUGGCAGAGGCAGAUGUAUAGCCUGUGUAGCCGCGUACCUAAUGUUCAGAUAUCGUUGGAGCUUCGAGAAGGCGCUCGACUUCCUGUGCAACAAACGGCCGGACGCCGCUCCGAACCCCGGGUUCGUCCAACAGCUUUAUCGGUUGGACUUGAGGCUCUACGAGCGGUGGUACGGCCAGAGCAAGAAGCCUACAGAGGACGAACGCAUACGGCAUGACCAAUGGAUACCGCUUGUCCCAGGUCAUGUCCCUGGUCGAGAACGGGUCAGUCAGCCGCACAACCAAGGCUUUGAAGCGGGGGGACAGUCGGAGUUCCCCGCCCCGUCCGUCGCGUCGCGGGAGAAGAACGGCAUCGCCACCGUCAUUGCCGAUGCUGCCGCUGGGUGCUUUGGCGGAGCGGCGUCGGCGUUCCCGUCCCUGGGGCAGCUCACGGAAGUCCAAGAAGAAGAGAUCGUGCUAGUGAAUUCGUUUCUCAAUAGCCAGCCGCAGAUCGACGCGUUGCCACCGGGCCGGGCAGACUACGAAGAUCACGUCCCCAAGGAGCUGCACUGGAUUGACCGGCCCCGCCUCGACAAGCUGACGGCCGCUGGCCGUCUGGGUCGAACGAAGGAUCGUCGUCACCAGCAUAUGAUACCCGUGUCACCCAGGACAGGCCGUGCAACCCCGGAACGCCCGGGAAACAGCUCAUAUCACGCCCUGUCAAGAGGUAACAAGACCGCGACUCCAACGAUAACGGCACCGGUUGGAAUCUUGAAAAAGGCAGGCAGAACAGACUUCAACUUGGUGGUUGGUGGAGGCCAGGCACACCCUCGAUCGACCCAACCUGAGUCGCGUGAGGUAGGGGUACCCUUGCAAAGCGGCGAUACCCCCGUCGCUGUCUCGAGCGCAGAGGGCACGGGCGGCGCGGCCCUGGCACCGAUACUCUCAUCGCCGUCAUCAUCGACACGCACGGUGGGCAGGGCUGAAGCCGACAAGGAGGUUGUCGUGGAAGACUUGAGCGACCGCUGGAGCCGCGGCGACGGCGGCACCGCGGGCAGCGGUCUCUCCGAGCACGAGACCGCCAGCAGCGGGGAGCUAUCGAGCGCCGGUCACCCGCAAGGCCCCGGCGCGCUUUUGCUCGAGGACGGGACGGGAAACUCCUGCGCCGCCGAGGGCGACAACGAAACCGACACGAUUUCGACUGCCGGCAACGAACCGGGCAGGUCCGAACACCGUUCGGCGAAACCCUCCUCUUCCGGGUAUGCAGCACGUCCCGCCGACCGCACUCCAAAGCACGACAACCAGGGGGCGUCGCUCGAACGCGGCGUUCGAGAGGGCCGAGGCCCCGCGGCGGCAGGAAGGAAAGAGGAAAGGCAAGCUUGGGAAGGCAGUACCGGCGGCGGCGGCGGUAUUGAUUCUGCUGGGGCGAAGAAAACGGGGGGUGACAACGGAAGAGGUCGAGCAGAUGGUUCCAGAGGCAAGACAGAACCGAACCUGCUGGAGACUACGGCGAGGUACAUCGAAAAGGCCAAGGCGUCUACAACCCACGCCACCUCCAAUCCGCUACCGACCAAUAGGCGUACCGGCGCCAAGAUUGACGUUGACGAAAAAGCAGUUACUGCAGCCACCUCCGAGACUUCCGCUGUAGCGCUAGCACACACCAAGAACCAGCUGCGAAGAGGCGGGAGCGAGGGGAGCCUGCAAAGAACGAUCCCUGGUAGUAGAACAACAGGGACGACAGCGAACCCCGCUGCACAGCAAGACAACAUACGCCUGCCGCAAGCGCCGGUAGGGAGACCAGCAGCAAAGCACGGGAAGACGCCCUUAGACGACUCCCCGGGGCCCGGUUGGGGUCCAGACGAUAUCCGACGUGGCGGUUUCGGCUCAGGCCGCCAGCGGAGAGCGGAGCCGGGAGGCGACUCCCCCGCGGCGGCAGGGGAUGAGGGGUACCGACAGGGCCCCGGCAGAUGGGAAAAGAAUGGGACGAGGCCGUACCCGGGGGCGACCGACGUCGGCGGGGGAACCCUGCAGCAACUCGCGCAGGCACCGAACCCCCAGCAGAGGAGGCUGCCUUUACCUCGGCCUCAGCAAGAUCUCGGCCAGGGAGAGCGCAGGCAAAGCUCGUCGGACGCAGGCCCCAUAUUCCCUCAGAAACGCCCGAGUAGUGCUCCACUACAGCGGCCUGAUGCCCCCGAAAGCGACAGCAAUAGCCCCGGCCCCGCCGAUGACGCGGAAGAGGAAAGAACCCGUGGUGGUGGUGGUGGUAGCCCUGCAAUCAACUGCACCCCCUCCUUCGGGGAAGGGCCGCCUCGGGCGCCCGCGUCUAGCUCCGUUGGCGCAGCAAACCAGGGGUAUCCGGCUCACGGCCUCAUGCCAUCUGGUUCGAUGGUGCAGAUGAAUGUCACCGCUGGUGAUCGGGGGGGGGGCUUGGGAGCGGCGGCACAUAGCGGGAGGGAGGGCAGCGGCGGCGGCAGCAGCAGCAGCAUCCGUCCGAGUUUUCAAGCACAUGGGAGCAGUGGUGGCGGUCAGAGAGAGACACGAGCGACUUUGAGAAACGGAGGAAGAGUAGGAGGGGAGGGGAGUGCAUAUUCCUCCAUUGAGCAGAGCCGCCUAGCGCUGAAAUCUUCUAGAGAAACGAUCGAUGCUGAGCAACGCGGGGCCAAAACACACCAGUCCGGAUACAGAAGCAGAAAUAUCGGAUCCUUGCCUCGAGAAAUACGCACGUCUCAAACGGUAGAAGACUAUUCCCGGGUACGAGGCGCGGGGUCGCCCGCCGCUCUACCCAACGACCGGGCUGUCGGUGUUGGUUCCUUGAAUACCGACCACGUACGUCCCCACGGGAGCCAACGUACUCCUUCAAGCAUGGCUGCCACUUCUCGCGCCAAGACAACCGGAAUUUUGCCGCCGAAAGCUGGCACUCUCCCUCUUCCAUCGCGGAGAGGGGGUAGCAGCAGCAGUGAUGGGCGGGAUGGCGAUGGCGGCGGCGGUGGAGGUAGCGACGACCUUCGAUGGGCAAACCCGGCACCACGAGGAAGGCAAGGCCACGCGAAGGGCUCUUCGGGGGGGUACGGUUACCCGGGAUCGACGGACAAUCGCGGUGGUGGCAGCGUGCCGUCACGCAGACAACCACAAGACUCCUACAGGCAGCUGCUGCACGAUGAUGGUGGCCAGCAACGGUCCAGCAGAAGAGCAGGCGGGGCUCCGAUAUACCGCUCGGGGUCACCGGCUCCAGUGCGCGGUAGAAAGACUGCCAACAACGCGGCAGGCGCGGCUAAGUCAGCCGACCCGUCGCGCUUCUUGUACCAACAGAGGGCGCGUGAAUCCGAAAACCCUACGUCUAGGAUACCGCCUAGCUUCAGGGGAUACAUAGCCUCAAGUGGCGGCGGCGGCGGUGUUGCAGACAGUGGUAGGCGGGGGGCAACGGCUCGUCGGAGCCACGUACCGUCGCCAAAGACGAGAGAUCGCGGGCAAAGGGCAAGCGGCGGCGACACGGCCGGGCGAUACCCGGUGCCAUGCGCAUCACUGGUCGCCGACCGUUCUCCGGGACAGCGCCCAUCGACCUCGGAGGGAUUGACCGGCGGGAACGGUGCCGGGCGAAGGGGGAGGUCAGCCAGUCCAGCACCAAGGCCCUCCUCCGGGCAGAACUAG